AGCUCCGCAGAGGCUCCGGAGCCGGACCGCGGCCGGUGUGCAUCGGGGGUCACGCUGUGGGGAGGGAAGGUGGACGGAGUCACAUACAGGAGGGUCUAAGAGGAACGCCUGUUUUACCCCAGUUUUACCAAACUGGCUCCCGGGCCAAACCGGGGCCUGGGCCUAAAGGGUUCAAGCCCCGAGCCUCCUGAAAACCGGCUUUGCUUUUCCACCCGCCGGGAGCCACGGAGGUGGAGGCGGAGCCACGUUAUUGCGUCAUUGCAGAACGUCGGUACGUCACUGUGGACGCAGCUGCUCACACCAAACCACAACGACAAUGGAGGAUCCCAGAAAGUGUUUCUAUUUUUCAUGGCGAGCUAUCAAAUCAUCAUCCAGCUGUUAGCCACGCCCACCUCGUCUCACCAGCGACGGCGUUUCAGAAAGAAGGUAAAUAUCGGACGUUUUAUUGCUCUAUAGUGAACGUGUUACCGUUAGCCAAGCUGCUAACCAGUGCGCUAGCAUCAAUCAUGUCGCAGUUAAACAGAUUCAGUAAAUAUAAGAUGAUGUCUGUGUUUCUCUUUCUAGAUGAUCUUCAGGACUGAGCUGCAGAUCUCCUGCUGCCUGGUUCCUCCGUCACGCUGCUGCGUUUCUGGUGACUGAAGGUUCUGCGUUCUGUUUACAGAACAGAGGGAUAAUUUGUUCUGUCUCCACCGCUGCUGUUCCAUCGUCUCAUUAAAUACAUUGAACCCCCCUGCAACAGCUACUCCGUAGCCCAUAAUACAGCACUUCCUCUGGGAGGGAGCCAGCAGAUGGUCCCACAUUGGAGUCCCUCUCCAGCGGAGCAUCCUCCUCCAGACAGCAGUGAAAAGGCUGGAGAGGAGUUUCUGAGAUGCAUUGCAGACAACAAACCUCUCCCUGACUAUCUCAAAAAGAACAUGGCCUUCGACCUGGCCGAGGCUUUGAAGUCGGCCAGUAUCCUAAAAGAAGCCGUCAAGUCAAACCCCGAGUUCCAGAAGCACAAGUCCAGGAGCAAGAGCCGAAGCCGCAGUCGUGGCAGGAGCCGGGGCAGAUCUCGAGCCAAGAGCCGGGCUAGGAGCAAGAGCCGGGCCAGGAGCAAGAGUCGGGCCAGGAGCAAGAGUCGUGUUCGGGGCAAGAGUCGGGCGAGAAGCCGGGCCAGGAGCCGGAGCCGGAGUCGGAGUCGGAGUCGGACCAGGAGGAAAGGCCGGGCUCGGAGCAAGAGCAGAGCUCGGCGGUCCAGGUCGCGCAGCAGUAGCGAUGCUAGCAGCAGCGAAGUGAGGAAGCGGCGGAGGAGGAGCCGCAGCGGCAGUGUGAGCAGCAGCUAUACCUCCACAGCCAACAGCCUGCUGGAGGGCCUGAAGAUGGUCAUGAGCAGUAAAGACCUGGAGGAGCGGCUGCCCAGUCUCAAAGACGCCAUCUUCAGUAUGAAGGCCUCAGAAAGAAGCGCCCAGGCGCAGGCUUUGCCCCGCGAGUCCACACGUCCGCAGGCUGCUGCCGAGGUCAACGUGUCCCUGCAGGAAAACGACAGCAUGCUGCUCCCCCAUGAAAGAGUGGGAAGUGACUUCUCCUGGCUCCAAGGCCAGAGCGAAGAGGACGCCUCCGUUCAGAAAGCCAAGGAGCUAGAAGAGGAAGAGUCCUUCCUGUACGGGAAUCCGCCGUGCUCGCAAAGCCAGCAGCCCGAGCCUCCGUAUCACAAGCAGCCGCUCCAGACAGGCCUGCUGGCGUCCGCCUCCUCCUGUCUGGACAGCACGGAGUUCGAGAAGGUGAAGAACAUCUUGAAGAGCCUGGGCGCGUCGUCGAGCGCGCCCGAGCCCACGGCGAAGGCGCCGUGUGCCGCACGCCUCGGCUCAGACACGGCGGCCAGCCUGGCGCUGCCCGCGCUGGCCAACCCCAACGUACGGCAGGCUCUGGAGUCUCUGCAGUCGCUCAUCAAGGCCACUAAAGACAAACGGGUGAAAAGUGAAGGCCCGUCUCAAACAUCAUUUGACAAAUACAAGGCAGGCGACAACGAGCAGAGGAAACCGGAGAAACAGGACAAGAGGAAGAGAAUGGAAUCCAUGGAGAAGGAACUGGAGGAUUUGCUAAAACAAGAUGGACUGAGCUUUUUGACGCCAGUCAUUGGAUUUUAUUGCCAGAAAUGUGAGGAGUUCAUUGGAGAUUUUAAUUCUGCUGAGAAACAUUCAGCCAUCCACAACCGGAGUCAUUCCAACCCCAGCAGUAAAAAAACACAUAUGGACAAGGAUGAAGGGGACAGCAAAGGGAAUUAUCAGAAACACUCUCAGAGAGAUCACCAUAAAACCUCAGCAAACAAGAACAGCGGGGACUACGAGAACACCCGAACCCACGAGAGAGACCACCGAGGAAAAUGUCACGACGAUGACGACUACCGAGCUGGGAAAGAGAGCAUCUUUUUAAAAGAUGAAAUGAAGAAGGAGAGGAUGCUGAUCACGGUGUCCCGUGGACAGACUCCUCCACCGUCAGGGGUCAGGGUCAUGGACGAACUGUCCGAGGAGCGAGCAGGAGGACACCACAGUGCCAUCAACGCAGAAGAACCAGAAAAGAAAGAUAAGUCGUCCAAGAAGAGCAGAGAAAGCAACGACAAAGGUAAAACUCAAAGCAGCGACAGCAGCGAGGACGAGAAUGAGAAAUCCCAGAAACCCAAACACGGUAAGAAGAAGAAGAAGAAGGAGAAAAAGAAGAAGAAAGUGAAGAAGGAGAAGGGGAAUAAGUCGUAAGUGUUGUGUUGAAGCUGUUCUGUGAGACUGGAGCUUCUCAGUGAAACCACACUGUCCCCGUUGCUGCCCGUUCAUGUCUCCUUCCUUCACGGUUUGCUCUCACACACACUCAGGAGGGCUCGUCUUGGGUUUUGUACAGAGCUUAGUUGAGCAGGUUUUGACCGUUUGCUGAUGACGCCACUGUUUCCCAUUGACUCUGCGAUGCUUUACUAGAGAAAAUCCUUUUCUCAGCUGGAGGAACUCAUGAAAGAGGAAUACACAAGUGUGUGUGUGUGUGUGCGCUUCUUGAUUCCUACGUGCCACUGAAUGUGUUGUCCCUUCAUCCUGAUUUCAUGCUUCUCUUUUUGAAGGCGGAAUAAAGAUUCAGCGAGUUUUCCUCGUCCAUUCAAUUAUUGUCUGACUCUGUUUUCUGAGGACCAACCACAUCUCGACAUUUACAGUUGUAUGAGAAAGUUUGGGCACCCCCUCAUGAUCUCCAGCAUUUAUAAAUCCUUAGGUGUUUUUAUCAGCAAAAUAGCAACUCUGCUUAGAUCUUUCUAAUAACUUAUGCUUAAAACUUAAGUAUUGAAAUGAGAUUUAUUAGAGUAACAGAAAAUUUGCAAUUUACAUUAAAAAAAUUCAAGUAAGUGUCUCCAUGUUGACACCACAGCAGGAAGAUAACAUCAGUAUUUAGUACUGUUCAUUCCUGUUUGCAGCUUGAGCUUCUCCGUCCAGCUUUUCCUCGUGCAGAGGACACUGGAUGGACGGCUGCACAGUGACGCCGUGAUGUCCGUUCUCGCCUUCGCCUCACCCGUCCCGCCUGCUCCACCCUGAACAGCGCUCAGCUCUGACUAGACAGUGAGCGACGUGCUCAAACCUUUUCAUACCACUGUAUGUCUGUAUUCCUUUUGUUUUAUGACUUGUUACUUUUUUAGAUCAGAAAUGUGAUGUUCAGCUUCUUUUUAGAAGACUGUAGGAAAAAGUCCUGAAACAUGUACAAUAAAGUUGAUUGUGUUUUUACA